AUGAAAGAUUUUGACAGAAACAACGUCACCUGUUUGGAGUACAGUGCUCCAAACGACUAUUAUCAGCUUGCACUACAAGCUACAGCUUCUCAAGAAAGUUCUGUGGGUAAGAACAAGAUGAAAGGAAAGAAAUUAACAACAGGAAAGGAAAGAAAGUUUGGCCUCGAUAACCAUUUCGAUUACUUGUUAGAGAAUGCAUUGAAAACAUACCAGAAAUACUAUAAUCUCUAUGUAACAGGCAAGAUCGACUCUGCGACAAUCAAAGCAAUGAUGAUUCCAAGAUGCGGUGUCCCUGAUAUAAUAUUCCAUAAUAAUGGCCUGGUUUCCAACUAUUCUUUCCCAGGGGAAAAGUGGAGCAAGUACGACCUUACCUAUGAUAUCAAAAACGAUGUCCAGGUGUUUACAGCAAAGGAGAUGAGCCCCGUCAUUUCUCAAGCAUUGAAUACAUGGGCAGAUGUAUCUCGGUUCAGGUUCAGCAAGCAAGCUCAAGGUGCCAAUGCCAAUAUCAAAAUAGGGUUUUUCCCAGUGAAUCAUGGGGAUCCAUUCCCUUUUGAUAUGGCUCAUGCUUUUUACCCGGAAAGAGGGGACCUUCACUUUAAUGCAGUCUGGAAUUGGACCUAUAAUCAACCUGCAUCUAACCAGAUAGACUUGGAAUCGAUAGGUGUUCAUGAAUUAGGACAUGUUCUUGGCCUUAACCAUAGUCAGGUAAAAGAUACAGUGAUGUUUCCAAAGUAUGAUCCUGGAACUAUCAAAAGGAAGUUGAACAAAGACGACAUUGAUGGUUUAAAAGCUUUAUAUAAAUUCUAG